CUUGAGCCCACUUCCAUUUGUCUAUUUACACGUAUGAGUCCUCUAACUAUUGCUUUGUGUCCACGUUCACUGGAAUGUACGGAAAGCACAUGAACGACAUCUGGAACAGAGACCUCUCUGAAUGCAAGGGCCAGUUUGACAGCCUGGAACGAGAGAUCCGAGCCGAGUUCGGGAACCUCCAUCGCUUCCUGGAUGAGGAGGAGUGCAAGGACCUGGAGCGACUGAAGAGGGACCAAGGGAGAGCAUUAAAGCGACUGAAGAAGAGGGAAAAUGAUAUCUACCAGCAACGGAAAGACCUGGAGAAAGCCGUGGCCGUGCUCAACAGUAAACUAGCGGAGGAGGAGAGCUCCAAGAUGCUAAAAGACAUACAAGAUCUCAUUAAAAGGGAAGUAUACUCAUUAAUCUUGUGUUACGCAUGCCUCACAACACGCCCAUCAAUCAUUAACAUCCUACCCCACCUCAUCUGGUCCGAACAGAUCUCGGGUCAGAUUUAUCCCGCCGCCAGAGGUGGACAGUGAGCUGCACUCAGGCCACGUUGUGGGACCCAUACAAUACAGAAUAUGGAAGCACAUGAAAAGCUGCCUUUACCCAAAUAUUACACGGGUGACAUUCGACCCAGAGACAGCCCACCCUCUCCUGUCCGUGUCCCGGUCCUGCACCUCAGUGUGGUUUGACGCUGCUAAAGACCUGCCAGAAUGCAGCCAGGACAACCCCAAACGCUUCCACCACUACUACUGCGUGCUGGGCCGAGAGGGCUUCAGCGUGGGACGACACUACUGGGAGGUGGAGGUGGGCCAAAAGACGGCGUGGAGGCUGGGCGUGGCACGGGCCGACGUGUCCAGAGGGGAGAUGGCGGCCACCAGCACCUCCGGCGGUCUUUGGACUUUGGCUCUGAAGAAUGGAGACAUCUUGGCUUGCACUGAUCCCACACCAGUCAGAGUCAACAUGUCGCUUCACCUGGCUCGGGUCGGCGUGUUUUUGGACUGUGAGAAGGAGGAGGUGUCUUUUUAUAAUGCUAAUAACAUGGCGCCCAUGUACAUCCUUCGCCACGGGAACUCUCCUGGUUCCUUUGUACCCCUUCUACAACCCGUGUGACACGGACGAUGGCAGGAACACAGCUCCCAUUAGCAUCUUUAGCCCCUCACUGUGACCAAGGCCUUUGCUCAUAGCGUCUUUUCUGCAGAAUUGCCACAUCAGAGCGACAUGACUCCCAAAAUAUUAAGACUAUCCGGGUGAAAUUUCACGAUUACUAAAUGCCCAACGCACACCGACCGAGGCGGCCAAAUAAAUGUGCGUCAGAUAUCAGAACACUUUGAGGGGAAAUAGACGACAGACAGGAUAUUUCUUUUAAUUUUUUUAUAUUGAUCAAUGACAUAAAGGACUCAAUCAAAAAGGGAACUUUUUCAUUCAGGGAAAAAGCACCACUUAGACUACUGUAUGCAUGCGCCUGCUGGCUUGCACAUAUAAACAACUCACUGCAACGGAAAUACUGCUACCCUAGGUGUUCUCAUCGGGAAACGUUUUGAGGCGUCACAUACA